GGCGGCCGCAGCGAGGCCUGCGCGCCUACCCAUGAGCACUGGGGCGCUCCGCUGCCUGGCGCCGCUGGGCCUUAGUCUGUCGGCCUGCGAUGGCGAGCGCGGUCCCGCCCGCGGGUGUUCUGGGGCUGCUGCUUGUGUCCGCGCUGCCGGGGGUCCUCGGAGACCGCCCCAGCCCCGACCUCCAGGCACACCCAGGGGACCCCGCCCAGGUCAGCCCUAAGGCCGCGGAACGCCGGCGGCCGCCGCCGCCCAAGGACCAGCAGGAGCGGGCCCGGGCGUGGCCUCUGGGGGCGCUGUACACCGCAGCCGUCGUGGCUUUCGUGCUCUAUAAGUGUUUGCAGCAGGAGAAAAAGGAGGCUCCUGUUCUCCAAGAAGAAGCAGGCAAGAAGGAAUCCUUGCAGUCAGAGCAACAGCUGGCCCAGUUGACACAACAGCUGGCCCAGACGGAACAACACCUGAACAAUCUGAUGGCCCAGCUAGACCCCCUUUUUGAGCGGGUGACUACCCUGGCUGGAGCACAGCAGGAGCUUCUGAACAUGAAGUUACACACCAUCCACCAGCUGCUACAAAAGAACAAGCCCAGCAAGGAUGUGGCGGUUCCAGAACCAGAGGCGAGCAUGCCCUUUCCUGAGGACUCGUGCGCGAAGGAGGAGGACGAGGAGGCUGGUGACGGUCAGGCUUGGGAAGAGCCCCUACACCCCCUACAUGGGAGCAUAGAGACAAGGAACCCGGCUGCUCCGUGGGGAGUGGAGCAGGGGCUAAGGAGAAGAUGCAGCAAGGCUGCGGCAAAGGGCCCCAGUCCCAGCCCCCUCUGGGAAGGAGGGACGACAGCUGAAGGCUUAGUAAAACCAAGUCUGUUCUUGUGAUUGGA